CAGUCAGUUGCCAAUAUGGCGGCUCGGCGGAGUGGGAGUUUGUUGCUUCAGAGAUGUAUUUUUUGUUCAAGAGAAACUUUAAAGCGAAGGCUCGACUUCGAUAUGCGUCAUUUCUCAAGAAUAGGGAAUGCUUUGUUUGUUGCGUCAAGUAGGGGUGGAAUAUUCGUUGCUUCUGCACCAACGCGGAAGAUUAACCCUUCAUCUGCUGGAGUUAUUUCUUGUCACAGACGGGAAUUUCACACAUCGGAUCCUACUCACAGAAAAGAUUACUACAAAAUUCUCGGAGUAUCACCCAAUGCUGACCAAAAACAAAUUAAAAAAGCUUAUUUCGAACUGGCCAAAAAAUACCACCCUGACACAAACAAGAGUGCUGGUGCUGCAGAAAAAUUUCAAGAAAUUAGUGAGGCUUAUGAGGUUCUUGGUGAUGAUGACAAAAGAAGAUCACAUGAUAAUUUUGGAACAGCAGAUUUUGGAGGAGCAGCAGGUGGCAACCCAUUUGGUGGUGGAAGUCCAUUUGGACAAAGCGUUGAUGCAGAGGACAUCUUUAGAAGUUUCUUUGAAGGACGAGGUGGCUCUUUUGGUGGCUUUCAGACUAGUACUGGGGGUUUUUCAGAUUAUGAGCAAGUUCAGCAUGUUAUCAACCUAUCCUUCAUGGAUGCAGCAAAGGGUUGUGACAAAGACAUAACAACAAGAAUGCGAGUAACUUGUAAUCGAUGUGAUGGUAAACGAGCAGAACCUGGAACAACAUAUUCUCAAUGUUCUACUUGUAAAGGAACUGGCGAGGAAACAGUUAACACUGGAUUCUUCCACAUGCGAUCAACGUGUCGUCGUUGUGGUGGACAGGGUCACAUCAUAACUACACCAUGUAAGAAAUGUCGUGGAAAAGGAAGUGUGCACGAAACCAAAACAAUUUCCAUUCCAAUUCCAGCAGGAGUUGAAGAUGGGCAGACUGUUCGUGUACCAGUUGGAGCUGGAGAAAUAUUUGUAACAUUUAAGGUCAGUGAGAGUAAAAUAUUUGAACGAGAUGGUGCGAAUGUGAGCUCUACAGUCACCAUAAGCUUCACCCAGGCCAUUCUUGGUGGGACACUUCGUGCACCUGGCAUCCAUGGAGAAAUUGAAAUUAAGAUUCCUCCUGGAACCCAGUCUCAUCAAAAGAUCCGUCUCUCAGGGCGUGGCAUCCCGAGAUUAAAUGGAAUGGGCAAAGGAGAUCACUUUGUCAACUUUAAAAUACACAUACCCAAAUACCUUAAUGACAAGCAGAAGGCGUUAAUAUUGGCAUAUGCUGAGUUAGAAGAUGACGUUAAUGGAACAGUCAAUGGAGUAGAUAAAUCCACGAAAGGUGCAAAGACUGUUGCCGAAGAUGAGAGCGGAUUGCUUGGACGCCUGAAAAAAGUAUUCUGCAGCGAAGAGGAUGACAGUGAUGACGAUAAAGAUAACAGGCGACAGGGGAAGGCGUGACAGCAUUCUGGUCCUUUAGGGGAAGGCGUGACAACAAGCUGGUGCUUUAGAAUUGUCGUAUAAUUUGCUCAAACUGUGCGCUGUUGUAGCGAAUCCUCUUUGGUCCUGCUCACAAAAAAACCUUUUUCAUUUGAAAAGGAUAUUUUUUUGAAAACGUAUUUUAACGUUAUCCAUCCACGCGCACUCAUCGUGAUCGUUAUAGCCCUGCACGCAUGAACGUGAUGAGUGACGUGUGCUCUUUGAAAGUAUGCGGUGGACUGAAUCUAUGUUGUUACGUCGUCCUUUGUCGAGAACUGCCAUCUUCAAAGCAAUUCUCGGUGAAAACCAUCACCGUGUUUCAUCGUUGUGUAUGUGAACAGAAAGUCAAACUCAAAAACGAAACAGUUUGAAUGAAAACCUAGGCCAGUGAAUAGGUUUGAUUCUAUUUAAAAAUCACGGCUGCUUUCUUCCAGACUACCUAACGUUUUUAAAAAAACUAUUGUCUAAAUAAAAUGAUUUGUGGUGUAGGGUACUUGCAGUCUCGGUGCGUAUCAUAUGCAGCUGAUCCUAAUAAUUCCCCUAAUUGCCCUCAUCUUUUGCGGAUCUCUAUUACUGAGAAAAUAUUAAAGGUGGUCUGAUUUAGUUA